CUUUGAAUAUAAUGUGACAUUUUUUUUGACUAAAGUUUACUGAUUUUUAACGUGUAAGUUUACAUUGUUUACUUUUCGUCAGUUCUUAUUGCUACUGUAAAGUUUCGAUUAGUUGCUUUUAUAUUUAGUGGAUACAAAUUUGUUCCUGCUUUAUUGAAUCAUACAGUCGACAUGUGUCAUAUUUCAAAAAUCCUGCAACGCAGUUUAUUAUUAAAAAUAUUUACCCUCGUUUAAUCAAGAGUGGGCAUAUGCCCGAAUCCUGCCCCGUUAAAAAUUACCGUAUGGAACUUUAUACAUUCAAAGGAAAUAAGUUCAUACCUUCUAUAUUGAACCAAACAUUUGAGUUUUGCGAUUAUUUUGAUAAACCAAUGUCACAGAUGCUAUUACAUAUUAUUUAUCCAAUUUUACAAAAAGGUGGUAAAAUGCCAGAGAAGUGUCCGGUUCGUCCGGAUAGCUACUAUUUACACAAUGUCACACUUCCUGAUAACAAAUUUUUUCCAAGUGGGCGCUACCGAGUAGAUUUCACCCUGUACGUUUCUAAUAAACGUAUUGCUCGCUUUAAUACAAUUGUUAGUCAGAACCAUAACAUUGGAUAA